AUGGCCUUCAAUGACCUCCUGAAGCAGGUGGGGGGCGUCGGACGCUUCCAGCUGAUCCAGGUCACCCUGGUGGUUGCUCCCCUGCUGCUGAUGGCUUCCCACAACACCUUGCAGAACUUCACUGCUGCCAUCCCCACUCACCACUGCCGCCCACCUGCCAAUGCCAACCUCAGCAAAGAUGGAGGUCUGGAGGCCUGGCUGCCCCUGGACAAGGAGGGACGACCCGAGUCUUGCCUCCGUUUUACUUCCCCACAGUGGGUACCACCCUUUCACAAUGGCACAGAGGCCAAUGGCACCGGAGUUACAGAGUCCUGCAUUGACGGCUGGGUCUAUGACAACAGCACCUUCCCUUCAACCAUUGUAACUGAGUGGAACCUCGUGUGCUCUCACCGGGCCUUCCGCCAGCUGGCCCAGUCCCUGUACAUGGUGGGAGUGCUGCUGGGGGCCAUGAUGUUUGGCUACCUGGCAGACAGGCUGGGCCGUCGGAAGGUUCUGAUCUUGAACUACCUGCAGACAGCUGUGUCAGGAACCUGUGCAGCCUAUGCACCCAACUACACCGUCUACUGCAUUUUCCGGCUCCUCUCGGGCAUGUCUUUGGCUAGCAUUGCAAUCAACUGCAUGACACUAAAUGUGGAAUGGAUGCCCAUCCACACCCGCGCCUACGUGGGCACCUUGAUUGGCUAUGUCUACAGCCUGGGCCAGUUCAUCCUGGCUGGUGUCGCCUAUGCGGUGCCCCACUGGCGCCACCUGCAGCUUCUGGUCUCUGUGCCUUUUUUCGCUGCCUUCAUCUACUCCUGGUUCUUCAUUGAGUCAGCCCGCUGGUACUCCUCCUCGGGAAGGCUGGACCUCACCCUCCAAGCCCUGCAGAGAGUGGCCCGGAUCAAUGGGAGACAGGAAGAGGGGGCUAAGCUGAGUAUAGAGGUGCUCCAGACCAGCCUGCAGAAGGAACUGAUGCUGGGCAAAGGCCAGGCCUCAGCCAUGGAGCUGCUGCGCUGCCCCACCCUUCGCCACCUCUUCCUCUGCCUCUCCAUGCUGUGGUUUGCCACUAGCUUUGCCUACUACGGGCUGGUCAUGGACCUGCAAGGCUUCGGGGUCAGCAUGUACCUUAUCCAGGUGAUCUUCGGUGCCGUGGACCUGCCUGCCAAGUUCGUGUGCUUCCUUGUCAUCAACUCCCUGGGCCGCCGGCCUGCACAGCUGGCCUCCCUGCUGCUGGCAGGCAUCUGCAUCCUGGUGAAUGGGGUGAUACCAAAGGACCAGACGAUCAUACGCACCUCCCUGGCUGUGCUAGGGAAGGGCUGCCUGGCUGCCUCUUUCAACUGCAUCUUCCUGUACACCGGAGAGCUGUAUCCCACAGUGAUCCGGCAGACAGGCCUGGGCAUGGGCAGCACCAUGGCCCGGGUGGGCAGCAUCGUGAGCCCGCUGGUGAGCAUGACUGCCGAGUUCUACCCCUCCAUGCCUCUCUUCAUCUUCGGCGCUGUCCCUGUGGCCGCCAGUGCUGUCACUACCCUCCUGCCAGAGACCUUGGGCCAGCCACUGCCGGAUACAGUUCAGGACCUGAAGAGCAGGCAUAGAGGAAAACAGGAGCAAGCGCAGCAGGAACUGCAGAAGCAGAUGAUGCCACUCCAGCCCUCCACACAAGAGAAGAAUGGGCUCUGAGGACAGCUCUAAAGGGAGCGGGCUUCAGCAGGUCCUGCCACCUACCUGAGGAGGGGGAGCGAGUGGAGAGACCAGACCAUCCAAGUGUGCAGGCAGAGAAGUGCCUCCCCAAGGGUCACUUCAGUAGGCCCCACCAGGAACAAUAAUUAAACGGUCUGACUGUGUGCAACUUCUUAAAUGGAAUGUGCUCUUCAUCAGCAGUAGUCCAGCUUCACACGGUCUGUCCCUCCCCCGGCUCCAAGGCCCUCCACCUCCAGGACUUUGCAAAGAAUCCCAGAUAAUUAAAAGACUCUCUUCUCCCA